ACAUAUCUCCCCUUGUCAGCCCCGGUUGGCCUUGCCUCAGUCUCGUACCGUUCACCUGGAUUAACAUCAUAUCAUCAUAUACCUUUACAAACGAUCAUUGUCUAGCGUCGUUUCGUGUUUUCAGUUUGUUUACUUCUUCUGCGUACUUCGUUCGUUGGAUAUACUCGAGCGACUUGGAAGGCUCGCUUGUACCAGUAAGAUACCAUCAUGACCAUCUUUUUUUGGAGUUCAUAUCGGUGGGCAGGCAAUUGGAUUUUGGUUCGUUGUAUUAGACGGACGCGUACGGAGUUUUGGCGGAACUACCAUCAUUUAUUCUGCAGCAUUUUCAAGACGGGUGUAUGGAUGCGAGGGCGGCCAGAGAUUUCCUUACAGUAUCAUUCCUACCUGGUCUACAUUGCCCUUCUUUUUUCAUUACUUUCGAAAGCCGAAUGUGAAGGCAAAGGGGGUUGGGGCAUCUCAAAUGGCUGUGAUAUCGACGUUAUCCGUGUUUGGUUGCACCCACUGUGUACCAACGGAUGCACUGCAAACGUUAUGCAUAUAAUCUACUAGUAAUACACAUGAUCGUCUAGAUCAUUAUUGAUGGACACAU